GGAAGGGGGAGUGUCACGUGGGCGCUGGUUGCUAUGGCGCCGUGAGGGUCCCACCGCCAUGGCGCCGCCCCCCGCCCGCGUCUUCGCCGAGCUCGUCCCGGUCCCGCCGACCCCAGCCCCGACCCCGGCCCCGGCGGGACGCGGCAGUCCCCCGGCGCCGCCCGGGCGGGAGGUGCACGUCAGCGGCAGCGCGGAGCUAAGCGCCGGCCCGGACCGGGCGCGGGUGUCGCUGCGGCUGGGAAGCCGUAAGGGGGCGGCCGGCGCGGCGCGGAGCAGCGUGUCCCGCCGGCUGGAGUACAUCGCCCAGAGCGCCCGCCAGCGCGGCGUCCCGGAAGAAAAUAUGACUGUAACAGAGGAUUUUAGUAGAGUAGAAAAUACUUACCAAAUGGAAGCAGAGGUCUGUAUUAUAUUCAGUGAUUUUGGAAAAAUGCAGAAUGUUUGCAAUCUACUCACUGAAAAGUUAGGAACCUCUGUUACCAUCAGUCCGCCUCAUUUCUACCAUACGCCAGAAGCUGUAGACACCCUUCGCCGUCAAGUAUGUGUUGCUGCUGUUGGAAACACACGGCGGAAGGCUCAAGAAGUCUGUCGACUGUUUGGCCAGUCAUUGGGAAAACCUUUAUUAAUAAGAGAAGAAGAAACAAAAGAGUGGGGAGGCCACAUAGACAGUCAGCUACCGAACUCCUCAGAUUCACUGACUCUGCAGGAAAGAAUCCAGAAUGCUACUGCUUACGCUUCUUGUAGAGUGUUUGCUGUCUUUGAGAUAAAGGGAAAAGAAAACAGAAGAAACAAGUUGCUCUAGAAACUUGCAAAUCCUACACAUUUUUUAAUGAAUUUUUAAUGCUGUCUUGAGGUUUUUUUGUUGUUGUGUUUUUACUUUAUCCUUACGGUAGCAAGUAGAGUUAAGAGAGGAGAUUAAGAAUGCAGGUUGUGUAGUGAGCCAAGGUAGAAGCCUUCUUAAUAUCUGUCCAGGUGCAAAAAAGAUUAACGCUUCCUUUCCCUGUAGCAUUUGAAAGCAGCACAAUGCAUGAUUUUUUUAAAGAGAGUAGCCAAAGUAUUGCACGAUUUACUUACUACAGCUCUCCCCCAAAAUAUUCCAGUUCCUAUUGGCCUUAAUUUUAGGGGAUAGAGCUAAAUAAAGGUUACAAUUAAUUCUGAAAGUACAGUUCUUAACUGUUCGGUUUCUUCUGUUCUGCCCCCUGCAGAAGGGCAAGAUAUUUGAUGUGCAAAACCUUUGGUACUCCUGUCUGAAACUUGGCUAUAUUUAAACCCUUCUGCCCAGAUUUGAAAGGAAAUUAAUCCCUGUCCCAAGUCACAGUAAACUGAACAUGCAGUGUGGUCACUUCUAAUGAAAUGGAUUGUUCAACAUAAUAAAACAAGCUUAGGAAUGUUUUAUUUCAUCAUAGGAAAAAAC